AUGACUAAAGUUACCAGGAAACCAGAGGAAUCCAGUAGAGUUGUGAAACAACUAUUUCCAAACAAAAAGCGAUUAACCUUAGGCACAAAAGGGAGGAAAAAAAGGAGGAACCCCUAUCAACCCAAGCCCAGAAGUGGUGGCAAGGUGAAGAAGAUGCAGAGGGGAAUAAAAAGACUGCUGCAUGGGAGCUCACGAAAAAAAUCCUCUACUACUAGUACAGCAAUUCCAAGAAAGGUGAAGAGAGUGAAAAAAUCCAAGAAGUUUAGACCACUAGCAAAAAUGUAA